AUGAACAUCGUACUGCCUUUCGCCCCCGCAAAUCGGAAGGUUCCAGUCAUGGUAUAUGUGCAUGGAGGCUCACUGAUGUACGGAGGCGCCAAUUUUUCCAUCUUUGAUGCGGUGAACUUGGUUUCCCAGAGUGUCGAGAUGAAGAUGCCCAUUAUCUGUGUCAACUUCAACUAUCGAGUUGGCCUUGGGGGUUUUGUAGCCAACGAGGCCCUCAGCGUGAACUUCAGGACGACGGAUUCUAGGGUUUGCAUGUCUGGAUUAUCUGUGUCCAUCCCUCCUUGGAUUAUGGAGCAGCAUGAGAAACAGUUCCAGGCAGUUUCUCAAUACUUCCAGAUCGACCUGUCGGCAUCAGGUGCCCUGAAUUGUCUUCGCCGCAGCCCCCGGCAGGAACUCGCCAAUGCGACGUCCGGAUUCCAAGGAGUGCUUUCUGGAACAGGCAAUCCUUGCCGGGAUGUAUUCAAGAUUCCCAAUUAUGCGACUGCACGAGCAAGCAGACGCCUCGGGGAGCCGCGGAGGGGGGCGGGGGCGCUCUUUCUGUAUCACUUCGACCAGCGCUCCCGCCUCAAAAAUGCGCUCCAGGAAACUGCUUACCAUGCGCAUGAGCUGUUGUAUCUGUUCAUUAAUCUUACAAAGGAGAUGAAUUCCGAAGAAAAAGCCAUGGCUAAUGACUUCGCCGCCGCAUGGAUUCGAUUCACCAAUGGGCAAAAGCCAUGGGUAGCAGCCGAUGAAGCGUGGAAGAUCUGGGAGCAGAAUAGCGCCCAAGCCACCGGGAACGAAGAGGAGGAUGAGCAAGUGCGAUCGUACACGCGAGUGCAGCGAUUUCUUGCCAUGGGCGAAGGGAGGACUUGGAUGAAAUGGCUCGAUGGGGUGGACGCGUUAGUGAACGAGCGGAUGAAUUUGGGCAAGACAGAGCGCGUUUCUGGAAGCAUAUGA